AUGAAAUCGCUUUGCUGCGCAGUACGAGGAGCACUGCCAGGAAGUCGCAAGUUUUACGCCUACCUGUGCACUGAUGAUCAAGUGAUUUUCUACGAAAAGUGUGGAUACAAAAAAUGCGACCCGAUUCUCCACUCUACAACGGCCACAUCCGUUUUUCCUGUGUCAAAGCUGAAGGGCUUCGCACAUGGACCUCCUUGCCGACACCCAGCUGCGGCUGCAUCCCUAACACUGGCACCCAUCAUUCUGCCUACUACCACUUAUGUGUCAGAAACGAGUUCUGUUCAGGAUCCACCACAGAAAAGAAUCGAAGCUCGACCAGAGAAGCCUGUGCAGGAGUGUGAGGGUGAAGAAGCUUCACAAACUCCGGAGCAACCUGCAGCACAACUGGUGACAGCGACUUCUGCUUCGCCACCACCUGCUUCGCACAUCUUGUCGCCACCUCCACCUCCACCUCCACCUCUUCAGAAAAAAGCCCCAGUGGCUCCGGUAUCAACCGCAGAUCAUCAAUAUAUGUGGAAGAAAUUGGUGUAA